AUGCUUCCAUCGGCUGCCCGUAUCCUCUCAACACUUGCCAUUUUGAUCAUCAUUUGUUGUGGUUCUCAAGCAGCCAUCAAUGAGUUCGGAAAACUCUAUCCGCUCACGGAUAAUACAGGAUUUUAUUUAACUCCAAAUGAGCCAUAUCAUGCCGAUUUCGGAUUUAAAUUUUCAACUGAUACUGCUCAAGGCUUGUAUUCUGUGGAUGUCAUGGAUACUAAAUCGUAUGAAAAUUAUCCAAAAUUAAAUGUUGAGAAUGCUACACAAUUACAGCUUUUUGGAAUGUAUUCCCUGAACUUGACGCAAGCAAAAUAUGGUUUUGGUAAUUCAACAUUAUUUAUGUAUCUCUCCUAUGCUUCUGGAGUGUUUAAUCUUAUUCCAAAUUCAAUGCGUUUAAUGCUUUUCAGCGUUAUACAGAAAUCUUUCGUCCCGAUUCCAAAUCAAGAGAGAGGUCUUGUGGACGUACGAUAUUCAAAUAAUUCAAUUUUUGAUUUAGCAAUUUCCUCUUCGUACAAUAGUUCAUUUAUUUAUUUUGGUUUUUUUGGAGUGAAAAAAGAACAAACUCUGGAUUUAGGUCAGAGUGAAUGGGUCACCAUUUCCUAUCCACAAGUUGUGAAAUACAAAAUGAAUCAAUUGAAUCAAACAUUGAAUGUUUUUUACUACGACCCAUUGAGUAAGGUCGUUCAUCAGCCACAUUUCUAUAGGGCGUAUUUUGUAAACGAUGCCAUCUCAGCAUUAGAAUUACCGUCAACUGACUAUGUUGUUCUUCACAGGUUUACUAUUGUUGGAGCAGAGGAUCAAAAUCCUUCACAACCCGAAUAUCGUGGUAUAGGAGUACCUAAUUUCAUAUUCACCUAUGAUUCUAACUUGGGAUUUUCUAAUUACAUGGGAAAUAAGAUCAAAAUCAACGAAUCGUCAUUAACAUGUGCUUAUCAACUGCAAAAUACACAAGUCUUAUCUUUAAAAGAAGGAACUGCCAUUGUAGACCCCCAAACACAACAAGUGACUUGCAUUUGGUAUGGAUCUAGCAGUAGCUCCAUUGAAACAAUAGCCAUUAUUGCUAAAUCUUCUCAUGAUUACACCACCAUCAUUAUUGCAGUGACAAUAUCAAUUGGUGGAACUCUAUUGCUCAUUGUGUUUACUGUAGUUGCAACAUUAUUGAGCUAUUUCAUAUGGAGAAGAAGACAAAAGAGAAGGUAUCAAACAUUCUAA